AUGGGGACCGAAGUCAUGUUACCUCGUCAAAUCUUUCGUCUCCGUCGGUUCACACCGAUCAUUUCACUACUGCGUCUAAUGUCAGCACCUUCAUCUCUCUGUCUGGUACCUAUUGGUCAAGCUCAGCCCUUGCAAGAAUCGUCCUAUGAACCAGGCCAGUUAAUCCUGCAUCGACACUUUGGUUGCCGUGGCGUCAUUCUUCAAUCCUGGUCCGCUCGUCUCUUCGACAAAAACCUAGCUCUGGGCGCUGACCCAUCCGCUAAAUCUACUCAGGCAACUCACCAAACGAUUGAGGAGGGGCCGAUGCCACAGCCUCCGUCAGAAAGCGGGCGCUCUGUGUAUGGGUAUACUGUCUUGUUAGAUAGUCAGGAUGCAGCCUUAUGUAACUCCUCUCUGGUUCCGGGCAUCUCAUUUUUACCGGAUGAUGAGGGUCUAUUCAACACAAUCUACAUGAUGACUGGCAUGGACUACGCCUUUCAUGAUGACAUAAUCCCCUAUACCUCUAACAAUGUCCUUCCCCUAAAAAACGAAUAUUUUGAGGAAUUUAUACGCUUUGACCCCAAUAGAGAGCCCCGUUUUUGUCCAACUGAUCGCCUGCAGCGGUGGUUGGAGACUCGGCAGUCUAGCUUGGAAAUGAAGACUGUGUAUCGGGAGACUACAGAAGGAGUUCGUGUCACCGUAGUUCCCUUCCUCAUGGGACAACGCAAGUUUCGUUACUCGGAGAAGACUCAAAACUACUACGUGAGGUGGGAUUCCAUACCCGGUGCAGCAAAACUUACCCUUGGAAGGACUUACACUCGAGAGAAUUUGACGGACGAGUGUCUGCAGCUGCGAGAACGCUUCUGGAAACUUUUUUCCAUCAAUGGUAGCCUCGAAUCCGUCUCCGGCAAAGGCGUCGUUGGAGUGCAACCCCUUCUGCCUGUGCAGAGUCCAAUCUUUCAGUACCACAGCCAUGUCCAAGUGCCAGUUCCGUGGGCACAUAUGUGGGGCCAAUUUAGACUGGAGAAACGCAAUGGGACGACGGUUGACGUGAAGAUACCUGUCUUCCCACUCUGUGUUAAUGGUUUUCAGGAGGACCAUGGUGGUGGGACAACAGACUCUGGUGAUACCACGAAGUAG